CCAAAGUUGGCUGGAAGGGCCAAGGUCGAGGCUUCCUCACCGUGAGAUGCGCGCGGAAUAGAUGGGGAAGAGGAAGCAGACCGCCGAGGGCGAUGGGGCUUCCCAGCCGGACUUUGGCUCCACCAGGCACGAGGCCAACGAUGUCUCAGAGGUGCGCGAGGAUCCCAGGAUGAGGAGAUUGGUGAAGAAACACAAGCUGGACCAGCAAGCCGAGUCUAAGCUGUGCGACGUGCUGUCCAGAUGGGAUGAGGAAAAGCAGUACAGGUACUACAAAGAUCUCGGCAAGGUGUUGGCCGAUGCUGUGAAGCCAUCAGCCACCGUGAUGAUCAUGGUGAAGAAGAUCGUUGCUGGCGAGCGCCUGUGCCCUUCGGCAAAGCGGUGUUCGAUGGCUGAGGCGAGGAUGGAAGCAGCAGCGACAGCAAUGGCGACCAAAGGCAAAAGAAGAAUCCCCGGAACAUCCCGGCGGGCAGCUUCAAGCCGCAGCCACGCAUGGGCGUCAAUGGCAGGAUUGCUGCCCGUGUCAUGCAUGAGGGAGCGCAGCGAGUCCGGCAGGAGCUGCAAGCAAAUCUCAUCCAGCAGAUGCGUUCGCAGAUGGGUCGAUGACAGCAGCAGCUUGGCCGGGCCACUGCAGCCCAGACUGCCCUUUGUGAAGUGAGGAUCGGAUACAAGACCCGGGGCUGGCAAAGACUCGGCUCUCGGCCAUGGGGCCAUGGUUCUUGUAUUGAACUUGACACUUCUUUGAGACUGGACUGAGAGUUAGCCAAAGCACUCUUCUUGAUUCAUGACUCGCCAGUCUCGCAGUUCACCAG